UCCGUACAUCAAUUCCAACUACUGACUCUAAUGAUAAUACUUACACUAAUCAAAAUAUCCCAUCUCCCUCAUCUAUCACUUUGACUUUGCCUUUUGCACCCACUAAUGCGGACCAGGUUCAACCUUCUGUUUCUUCUACUCUCAUGCAUCAGGUACAAUCUCUUAUUCCCCCUACUGUCAUAGACCAGAAAUCUAAUUCAUCUAUUUUAAUAGUGGCAGGAUAUAUCGAUGAAAUUGUUUUGACAGGCAAUGACAAUGCAGAAUUACACGCAUUAAAGUUAUUUCUACAUGAGAAAUUUAGAAUAAAGGAUUUGAGAGAUUUACACUUUUUCUUGAGCAUGGAGGUGUUGAAGGAACCUCAUGGCAUUAUCUUUUCACAACGAAAGUUCACAGUUGAUAUCUUAAAGGAAUUUAAUGUCACACAUAUGUCACAUAUUUCAUCUCCUCUUGAUCCUACAGUAAAGCUAAGUUUAAAUGAUGGAGAUACUAUUCGAAAUUCCACUGUGUAUAGGUAUCUCCUUGGUAAGUUGAAUUAUAUUACUCAUACAAGGCCGGAUCUUGCCUUCACUAUUCAACAUCUUAACCAAUUCAUGCAAGAUCCUCUUCCACCUCAUAUCACUGUCACAUUACGUGUUCUUCGUUGCUUGUCCAAAAAAGCAGGUUUAGGACUUUUUCUCAAUGCCUCUUCUUCUUUUGAGUUGCUUGCCUUUUGUGAUUCGGAUCGGGGAACAUGUUCAAAUUCAAGAAAAACCGUUAGUGAAUUUUAUAUAUCACUUGGGGGAUCUCCCAUCUCUUGGAAGUCAAAGAAGCAAACAUUUAUUUCUCUUAGCUCCGUCAAGGUUGAGUAUCGUUCUAUGAGGCGCGUGAUUGCUGAAAUCACAUAG